AUGGCCUCCCGUCUCCUCCACCUCCGCCGCCUUCUCCCGGCCGCGCGCCCGUCCGCCGCCGCCGCGUUCUCCACGUCCGUCACCCCGACCCCCCGGGUCUCCGGUCUCGUAGACGAGAUCUGCGGCCUCAACCUCCUCGAGGCUUCCUCCCUCGCCGACGCCCUGCGCGGCCGCCUCGGCGUUGACCAGCUCCCUCCCCUAGCCAUCCUAAUGGGCGGAGCUGCUCCGCUGGCCGGGGAUGGCGCCGCUGGGGCGGCCGGCGAGGAGGCAAAGCCGAAGGAGGAAAAGAUGGCGUUCGACGUGAAGCUCGAGGGGUUCGACGCCGCGGCGAAGCUUAAGAUUAUCAAGGAGCUGAGGGCUUUCACGAGUCUGGGCUUGAAGGAGGCCAAGGAGCUCGUGGAGAAGGCGCCGGCCGUGCUGAAGGCCGGAGUGCCGAAGGAGGAGGCGGAGGGCAUUGCUGAGAAGUUGCGGGCACUGGGCGCCAAGAUUGUUCUCGAGUGACAGGACCAGAUCUCUGUAUGGCUUUGUUUCUUGAUUUCUUUCUGUUUAUUGUACGAAGAAAAAUAGAAAAUUUUGGAACCAAGGAUUCAAUAAUUAACGAGACUAACUCUGGAAUUCUGGAUA